UUGACACUUGUAUCACGCGGGAAGGGGAAGUAAAUAGUAUUAUGAAAGUUCAAGGUUAACAAAAAUUUCAAGAAUAUAUUGAUAAUUGGUUGAUAGCUCGUUUAACCUCUAGUAGUAAUUAUCUAAGUAUUAUGUCCGGCCGUUUGUCAUUCUUAAAGUCGAGUAAAGGCAAAAUCAUCCUUGCCACUGUGUUUGCUUUACAUCUUGCAAUUUACGUUGCGAAGCCGUCAUAUUUCAAGGACACCACUGAAAAAAAGUCCAUUGAAGCACCGCCGAAGUAUUUGCCAUAGAUCAGAAUGACCUUUCGCUAGACUUGGUACGGAAACUGACAACUGUCAAAAAAAUCUAAUUUAAUCAAUACGUAAAAACUAUCCAUUCAUGAGGUAUAAAGGCGUGUUGACAGCCAUUGCGCCUUAUUUGAUCAGAAGAGGUGCCGCAAACAACUUCGUCAGAACAAUGAGUACCGGAAAACACCAGGUUUACAUCACCCGAUCUGAUAUGCCGGAAUGUGGCAUAGAAAUACUCAAGAAACAGUGUGAUUUAAGGAUGUGGGAACAACCAUCACCAUGCCCAAGACAAGAAUUACUGAAACAUGUAUCUGGUGCCAACGGAAUCUACUGCUCACUCACUGAUAAAAUAGAUAAAGAACUGCUAGAUGCGGCUGGUCCUGGUCUGAAGGUGGUGGCCACCAUAUCUGUGGGCCAUGACCAUAUUGAUCUGGAGGAGUGUAAGAAACGAGGCAUCCGGAUUGGGUAUACUCCAGAUGUCUUGACUGAUGCUACUGCUGAACUCACGUUAGCACUCCUCUUAUCCACAUCAAGACGUUUACCCGAAGCGCAAAAUGAAGCGAGAACUGGCGGCUGGGUAUCCUGGGCUCCGACAUGGAUGACAGGACCAGGGCUUGCUGGUGCUACUGUAGGAAUCGUUGGAUACGGGAGAAUAGGCCAAGCGGUCGCUAGACGUGUGAAAUCUUUCAACACAGGGAAAAUUCUUUACUUCAACAGAAGUGAGAGACCCGAGGCUAAAGAAGUUGGUGCAAUUAAAGUUACGUUUGAUGAAUUGCUUACUGAGAGUGACUUCGUGAUAUGUUGCUGUGCAUUAGUACCAGAAACUAAGGAAAUAUUUAACAAAGCUGCGUUUGAGAAGAUGAAACAGACAGCUAUUUUCGUUAACACAAGCCGAGGUGGGACUGUAGAUCAGAAUGCGUUGAUAGAGGCUUUGCAAAAUAACACUAUCAGAGCUGCGGGUUUAGAUGUGACCACUCCUGAACCCCUACCAUUAGAUAGUCCACUAUUUAAGCUAGAUAAUUGCAUUGUUCUGCCUCAUAUAGGUAGUGCUUCAAUUGAAGCUAGGAAUACAAUGAGUGAGCUAACUGCACAAAACAUACUUGCUGCAUUAAAUGAUACUAAAAUGCCAGCAGAAAUUAAAUAAAUGUUAUAUACUGUAAAUAUAUUUGUUAUGUAUAAAGUGUAGGUAUAAUAGCAAAUGUAUAUUUAUUAUCAAUCAAAU